ACUAGCACCAUGAUCGUCAGGACACUGGUAUUGUUUGCAGUGGUUGUAGGAGCCACUGCACGGCCUCAGAGUUACCCCUCGCCAGGCAGUGCACCAGCAGGGUUUGGUGCCGCCCAGAGCCAAAUCAGACCAUUUAGACCACAGGGGUCUCCACCUCCUGGUAGUGCUCCAGGGGGUUUUGGUGCGGGCCAGAGUCAAAGACCUUUCAAACCACGACCACCAGUUGGUCCACCUGCUGGUAGCGCUCCAGGAGGUUUUGGUGCCGCACAAAGCCAAUUUCCCUUCGGGCCUCAGGCGGACUCGCCUAUCACAAGACCGCGUCCCCCACCGACGCCCCCUGGAUACGAGAUUCCGAUCCUGGUUGACGAGCGCGAAGGACCUCACCCAGAUGGCUCGUACAGCUUCAAGUACGAGACUGGCGACGGUAUUAGUCGCUACGAGCAAGGCACCCCCCAGGGAGAGACUGGCGCAGUGGCUAUGCAAGGCGGAUGGUCGUUCACCUUUCCUGACGGAACUCCCGCAGUCUUCACCUUUGUGGCCGAUGAGCUUGGUUAUCGUGUGGAGUCUUCCCUCAUACCCACACCCCAUCCUCUCCCAGCCCACGCCAUCGCCCAGAUCGAGUUCGCCCGUCAGCAAAAAGCUCAGGGAGGUGCGCCGGGCGCUAAACGGUACGGCUCUUAAAACGUCUAAUUUUUCUUCGCCUUCAUGUUAUUCCUGUGAUGUGUCACCUGCUGCAGAUAGCAAAGCCUACCUGCUGUAGACAGAAGGCGACUAAGGCCCUCUGCUGCAGACAGCCAAUGUUACUCUACAAGCACCUCGUAGCUCACACAAGUUCCAACAGUCGUGCUGUUUUAUCGACAAGUUUGUAGCCUGAAUCCAGUAGUGUUAUC